AUGGAACGCUUCCCACUCCACAAGUCCGACAACCAUAACAUCUCAACUCUUCUCACAUCUUGGAGCGCCACUUGCAACAUGGUGCACAUAGUGAGGCCACCGGGGUUCGGUAUGGGUGACAACAACAAACUCUCGCCUAAGGAACUGAACUCGCACUUGACCCGCGCCCUGGCGGACAUUGACGCAGCGGAUGUGGUCCGCCACUUCGUCGGCUUUCCUCUCCUUGGCGCACCGUCGGUAUUGAACGAAGCUGCCGUUGUCUGCCUGGAUAUUGAAUGGUGGCAGCAUCAGCCGAAGCCCACGACCGAGCUUGGUAUCGCGGAGCUUCUAGCCAAAGGCAUGCUACCUACCGCGCACGCCGAGAACAUUUUGACAGGCAUCCAAGUAGCGCAUGCCCGGAUCAUGCCACAUGCACAUCUUUUGAAUACAUUCAAGGGCUCUGGCGAUCCUGAGAUCUUCCACUUCGGCACCACCAAGUUCGUCACGGCGGAGGAAGCGAAGCAGGUCGUCAUCGAUACCUUCGUGCGUCCUCGCCUGGGUGGUGAUAAAGUGGGGUCCCUACAGCCCAUCAUAUUGAUCGGCCACGCGGUGGAGAAUGAGUUCGAGCAUAUCCAGCGCGCUUUCGGAGUGGACCUGCGUAGUUACGGUACAGUCGUCAAGGUCAUCGAUACGCAGGCCAUGGCAACCAAGGCUGGCAUUGCAGGUCCCAAGGGCCCGAAUAUCGGCCUGCGUGACCUCCUAACAUACUUCAAUGUUCAUAUCGACAACCUGCAUACCGCCGGAAACGAUGCAGCAGGAACGCUCAUGGCUGCAGUUCUCCUCGCACUCAAAGACGGCCUGUAUCCUGUCGGCAAACCACCCGCUGUCGUAAAAGGCCGCAACAUACAGGAAGUAGUUGAGAGUGUUGUGUCCAUUGGCAAGUCAUAUCCUCCUCCCGCCUGGGGCCGCGAGCAUUUCUGUACGCGCUGUCAGCGAGAGAAUCACCACCGCUCGGAUUGCUUUGCAACAGUCAGCUGUAGCAUAUGUCGGGACUCCGGAGUCGUGCGACUCUACAACGCCCAUAGGACACACAUGACUGCCAACUGCCUAUUUGCAUACCAGAAGCUACCCGAUCCCGGACCCAUGGCCCAGUCAAAGCGUUUCCUACCAACUCGCGUUCGUGGCGUGCUUAAGCCGAGAUGA